CAUGCGCAGUGGGCUGACGCUGGGAGAAGUUUCCAGAAGCGGAGUUUCCGUCCCCACGACUCAUUCUCGGAGACGGCGCCAUGAUCAUCCCGGUCCGCUGCUUCACCUGCGGCAAGGUGGUCGGCAACAAGUGGGAGGCUUACCUGGGCCUGCUGCAGGCCGAGUACACGGAGGGUGAUGCGCUGGAUGCAUUGGGCCUGAAACGUUACUGCUGCAGACGAAUGCUGCUGUCCCACGUAGACCUGAUUGAAAAACUCUUGAACUACGCACCUCUGGAGAAAUGAUGUGCCCUUAGUUUCUGGAUUGUGGCAAGCAAAAGAAUUGCUCAAACUCUUCUGGUUUGAUGGCACGACUCUACAAACGUGGAACUGAAUAGUUUUUUUUAAGUCUAUAUUUUUGGGAUUGGAAGAAAAGAGUUUUCAUUUUGUCUGUCUUGUAAAUAAAAUGAAUUUAACUCUGA